AUGACGCCCUGGGAUACAAACUCGUUCUCGGAACGUUUGUUACUUAACUCGAGUACACCUCCUGAAAAUCUCCCUGAAAUAAAUACCCAAACUACGGUCUCUCCUAUACAGGGGUUUCAUAUAAUCAGCACUACGACAAUAUCGGGCCUAGAUACCUUCGAACCCGGGACAAAUUGUUUCGUUGGAUCGUUGCAAUUCGUGCCACCGGACUUUAUUGUAGAUCAAUAUGAAUUAAGACAGCGAUACGAAGAAGGAUACGGUCCGUUAUGCCACGUCAUCGGCGAGCGAGACUUGGAGCUACCAGUCCAGGCAGUUGGCGGUCGGUCUGCUGCGGUCCUUGCGGAAGUACCCCUUCGAUCGCAGGUCAAAUUCGAUAUACCACUUCAUCUACGGUAUCCUUCACCACAGAGAGGAGUUGGCCUUUCAGAUCCCCAACUUCCAUGGCCUUGGGUUGUGGUUACAUGCGGUCAUCCAGGCGAGUUAUACCUUUGUCCCCAUACACCUGAUCUCUCAAUAUUUCCCAUAGUAAACCGAAUUGGAUGGGAGCUUUUAGACCAGGCCUUCAGCAACAAAACAGUCACAUUUCAUUACGCACUCCUUGCACCUGGUACUCCUCACCCUUCAACACCUAUUCUUGUUCCGACCGGAAACACUUCACAUCAACUAUGGGUUGAAACAGUAACCUUGCUAUCCGUACUUUCAGCCUUUACCUAUAUCGCGCUGUGUUUGCUAAAGCCCCAUCACGUCACCAACACUAAACUCAAGAAAAGUUAA